UUCAAAUUGUUCAGAUCAUGUGGACGAGUUUUACUGGAAUUAAGUCAAGAGUUUUUUGAGAAAAUUCAUUCAGAUUUUCAGAUUUAAACUUUAUUUUAUCUCUAAGCAUAGCUUGAACAGUUUGCAAAUUUAAACCUAAUUGUUUAGAUAUUAAAAUGGCAAACAAUUGCCUUUGUGAAUCAGUGACGAGUAAGUCAUCAAUUCAUGGACUUAAGUAUGUUGCAGACCCAAAAGUGUCCAAAAUUGGAAGAAUUCUGUGGACUUUAGUGCUAUUUUUAUCUGUAAUCGGAUGUGCAUACUUUUCAUACCAAAUUUACAAUGAAUUCCGUCAAUCACCCGACAUUGGACUUAAAAUUCAGCAUAUUGCAGCGAGAAAUGUUCCGUUUCCGGCUAUAACAAUCUGUCCACAGUCUAAGAUUAGAAGUGGAUUUGUAAACUACAGCAAAGUCCUAUUCGCAGCUUUUAGCCAGGAAAACGUAGAAAAAGAACAAAAAAAAUAUUUCGAACUAGCUCUGCCAUUAUGCACUGCAAGCCACAUCAACUUAAUCAAUGAAUUGAACAAAAAUUUCUCAGACUCAGCUGAACUUGAUGGAGUUGACUUUGUGGCUACAAUGUCAGAAGUCCAAUUUCCCUUGAACCAGACUUUUGUAGGGAUGAAGACUGAAAAAGGAUUUUUAACCGACAAUUUUGAGGAUGCAGUUGAUCGAGUUAUGACAAGUGAAGGAUUUUGUGCUACUUAUAAUCUACAGGACUAUCCAUUGCUGUUCAGGCAAGACAAAGAUCUCAGUUCAGACUUUGACAGCUACAAGAAUAACAGAAGUUCAACUUGGAAUCCACUUGAUGGCUACAAAAAUGACGAAACUGAUCAAUAUCCAAAAAGAAUCUUUAGUGGAACUAAAAGUAAAAUUGUGUUCUUGUUAGCUCAAAGCGGAAAUGAUAUCGAUGAAGCCUGUUUAGGUCCAGAGCAAGGAUUCAAAAUUUAUUGGCACAUGCCAAAUGAGAUUCCAUCAUAUAUGCACAGAUCAGUCGUUGUUGGAGUUGAAAAGUCAAAAACUUUGGUGAUGAAAGCAACACAAGUUCGUAGUUCCGAUGAUUUACAGCGAUAUGAUGCAAACCAACGUCGAUGCUUCUUUGAGGAUGAAAAGCCGCUCCAAUUUUUCAAAUCUUAUACAAAAACUCAUUGUGACAUGGAAUGCUUGACAAACUACACGCUGACUAAAUGUGGAUGUGUAAAAUAUUUCAUGCCAAGGAACUCGUCAACUCCAGUUUGUGACAUAACAAAGCUUGAAUGUGCUGAAGAUGCAAAUGACAAUUGGCUGGAAAAUGAUCAAAGUUACAGAGAGAAUGCAAUGCCAUGCAACUGCUAUCCAUCAUGUUCGACUAUCAAGUAUGAUGUGCUGUCAAGUAUGGACAUGGAUUUUAAGACCGAAAAGACAUUGAAAAUUUUUGGAGACGAUGCACAAUUUUAUGAAGAUUUUCCUAAUGGAACUAUUUCAAGAUUUGUUAUUGAAUUUGAGGACUUUCUAAUUGAAUCUAGGGAAAACUAUUCAGGAUAUAAGCUACAGCAUCUUAUUAGCGACUUCGGAGGCCUGCUUGCAUUGUUCCUUGGAUGCUCACUCAUUUCAAUCAUCGAGAUAUUUUACAAUGUAAUUACAGGAAUUUUCUCAAAAAAGCGGGAAAGUGAAGAGCAAAAAGAAAACAAGCCAGAAGAUAAAACAAACUCACGCUUGAUAAAUUCAGCUUACAUUUAAAAAUAAAAAUAACAUUUGAAUUUUCUUUGAUUUAUUUGUUCCACUUGAAAUGCGAUAUUUUUUUUCUAUUAAAAAUACAAAUAAAUUACGUAGAUUUAAAUAAAAAUUGAAGGUUUUUCGGAAAAACCAGAUUGAAAAUUGAUGAAAAGUCGAUGAAAAUCGAU